AUGAAGCCUAAGCCUCCAGGUUAUAUCAACUUUUUUCGAAAACAUAAGCACCGUAGAGGUUAUUGGAAAUCUGAUGGAACUCAUCUCACUCUGCAGUCUAUGCUGGACUCAGAUUAUUUUGGAAGCCAAGCUGCUUUCCGCUACACUGCUAGGAUUUCAGGCAUGAAUCGUUACAACGGUCAUUUCAACUUGAGCGCCAAGAUUGUGAAGCCUAAUGGCGAGAAGCCGGACGAGUUCGAGUCCGGCAUCUCUCAGGCGCUGCUCAAGCUGGAAAUGAACUGCCAUCUCAAGGCGCUGCUGCGGGAGCUCAACAUCACUGCGGCCAGGGAAAUUGAAGUUGGUGGUGGCCGGAAAGCCAUCAUAAUUUUUGUAAGAGUUCCUCAGCUGAAAUCCUUCCAGAAAAUCCAAGUCUGGCUGGUUCAUGAAUUGGAGAAAAAGUACAGCGGGAAACAUGUAGUCUUCAUUGCUCAGAGGAGGAUUCUGCCCAAGCCAACUCGGAAAAGCCGUACGAAAAAUAAGCAGAAGCACCCCAGAAGCCGCACGCUCACCACAGUGCACGACGCCAUCCUUGAGGAUUUGGUCUUCCCAAGUGAGAUUUUGGGCAAAAGGAUCCCUGUGAAACUGGACGGCAGCUGGCUCAUAAAGGUUCAUUUAGACAAAGCACAGCAGAACAACGUGGAGCACAAGGUAGAAACUUUUUCUGGUGUGUAUAAGAAGCUCACGGGAAGACAUGUUGAUGGAGAAGAAGAUGAAAGAUACACAUCUUGA